CUACCCUUGACCUCAUCCCAAAGAGUAGCAACCUGCAUCCUCAAGGAGUCACACCCGGCACAAACAUGGCGGCUCUUUCGGCUUCGGCAGCAGCAGCAGAUGGAAAGCCGCUGCGGCCCAUCAUUCUUGUCACCGGUGCAAACUCUGGUGUAGGCUUUGCAACCUGCCAACGUCUGCUCCUCCAGCUUUCCUCUCCGCUCCCAUCAGAUACCCUCCCUGUCCACCCAGCCAAGAGAACAAUCGACGAUGCCCUCCUUCCCACCCCCUUCCAAGCCUCGGCCGGAUGCACACUCCUCCUCGCCUGUCGUAAUCCGCACCGAGCUCAAGAUGCUCGCGAUGCGCUCCUCGCCAUCCUAGACAGGUUGAGCAGGCUGCCUGAUGAGAAAGGUACACCUACCUCUGUUAUGGAGCUGGAGAAGUGGGGCGUCAGUCAGCCUGGUGCGCUGGGCACAUUGAGGGGUAAGGAGACGGAGGAGGUCAUGGACGCCCAGCCAGACGGGGACAAGACUAGCUCCUCUACCGGCCUCAGGACUGAGCCGCAAGACCUCAGACGGAGAGAACAGGCGAACGAGGGCGCGGAAUUCGAGCCUCGACUGCUGGAUGACGUGGAGAAGCGAGAUGCUAGAGCCAGAGGAGAGUACAGGCGGCGCUUCUGUGAAGGCACAAAGGUCGAGAUUGUACAGCUCGACUUGGGCAGCUUGGACAGUGUACACGGCUGUGCUCGACGACUGAAAGCGCAACAACCCUACCUCACCCACCUCAUCCUCAAUGCAGGUGGAGGAGCCUUCGAUGGCAUCAAUUGGAUCAUGGCGACGUGGAUGAUGCUCACACAGCUGAGAGCAGCACUGACCAGACCUCGAUACAAGAUGCAACACAAUGGCGAUAUCUCAGAGGAUGGUCUGGGCUGGGUGUGGCAGAUCAACAUUGGAGGUAGCUGGGCACUGACACAAGAUCUCCUCCCUCUCAUGCGAAAGUCGCCCUACUCCGUGCCCUCGAGGGUCAUCUUCACCUCAUCUGUAGAGGCAGUGCAGGAGUACUACGACCCAGCAGACUUCCAAUGUCUGCGCACAGACGUUCCUUCGCAUUCCUACGAGUCGACAAAGUACCAGUGCGAUCUAGCUGCCAUUGCACUUGAGGAGCAGCUGGCGAAUGAGAAGGAGGCAGGAACGGAUGCGACAAAGCGAUGGACCCAGCCAGACGUCUUUGCUACGCAUCCUGGCGUAGUCGCGACGAGCAUCAUGGCGGAUUUCCUGAACAUUGUCACUGCGACGGCCAUGCUCUGGUCUUUUUACCUCGCCCGCUGGCUCGGCUCACCACACCACUGUGUCGCCCCUUACAAGGGCUCUCUAGCCCACACCUACACCGCCCUCGCUCCUCGAACCCAGUUUCUCCAACCCAAAAAAGGCUCCCCUUCCUCUUCAUCCACAGAAAAAGCAGAAAAUACGCUGAGCGCGACAAGCACAGCAACAAUUCGCUAUGCGGCACAGUGUGACAUUUGGGGAAGAGAGUACGUAGGACGUGACCGGAUGGAUGGGUGGGGUCCCGAAGGCCGUGGAUCAACUGGAGGACAAGAGGUGAAGAGACUUGCACGGGAGUGGAGGUCAAUGGCUGAAAAGGCACUGGCUGCUGUUGGUCAGAGGAAUGGUAGUGGUGCGACGGAGGAGGUCAAGGUUGCGACUGGGAGCGAAAUUGGCAAUGGCAAUGGCAACGGCAAUGGCAAUGGUGAGGCGCAGAGUAGUUCCGAGGGCGAGGAGUGGCACAAGGUAGAGCGGGCUCUAUAAUCCAGGCACGCUUUCCUGCCUUUGUCUCUUAAACUAUUCACCCAAAAGACCCUGUAUACCAGACCGGCCUUUAAUGCCUCUAAUCAUUGAUCUGAGUCGCUCUUGAAAAUGCAAUGUGCACUUUUGCCAU